AUGUCUGAAGAAAUUAACUCAUUAAAUAAUACAACGCAAACACCAAAUAACAGCAAUCAAAACGUACUAAAUGAGCUCGAUACCGAGAACACUACGCAUUCACAAUAUGAAUACGAUUCACUUUCAUCCAGUAAUAAUAGCGAAAACAAGGAACAAAUGUCAAUUCCAUUAAAAGAUAUACUUCCAGAAUCUGCUACCAACAUGACAGGGGAUGGACGUAUUAGUGUCUGUCUUAGUGACGAACAACUAAACGACAUAUAUGAGUAUUCUAUAUUAAACAUGGAAGAAUAUGACAUUAUUAGUACUUCUGAAUAUCGUUUUAAUAUCAAACAACCAUUAAUACCUGGACAAAAUAUUCCAAGACUAGCCAUUUGUAUUAUGAUUGUUGGAAGUCGUGGUGAUGUACAACCAUUUAUAGCAUUUGGAAAAGAACUUUUAAAAGUUGGUCAUAGAGUAAGAUUAGCUACACAUGAAAUAUUUAGAAAGUUUGUUAAAGAAAAUGGUCUUGAAUUUUUUCCACUUGGUGGGAAUCCAGCCGAACUUAUGGCUUUUAUGGUUAAGAAUGCUGGCAUUAUACCACAUGUGAGUAGUAUCGUUAGUGGCGAUAUCUAUAGAAAAAGAAAACAGUUAGCUCAGAUUAUUGAUUCUACUUGGAAAGCUUGUGUAAAACCUGAUGAUGAAACAGGUGCACCAUUCACUGCUGACGCUAUUAUUUCUAAUCCUCCAACAUUUGGUCAUAUUCAUUGUGCACAAAAACUUGGUAUACCUCUUCAUAUAUGUUUUACUAUGCCUUGGUCACCAACAACUGCAUUUCCACACCCACUUUUUAACGUUGAUUACAGUAUAAGAUCUAAAGAAAAAAUGAAUUAUUUAUCUUAUGAAAUUGUUGGAAUGUUUACUUGGGUAGGUAUGAAAGAUUUGAUAAAUCACUUUCGUAGAAAGGUACUGAAUUUGAAAAGAUUAUCUACAUCUCAAGCAAUUAAUAUAUGGGCGAAAGAAAAAGUUCCUCAUACAUAUUGUUGGAGUCCAGCCAUGAUUCCUAAGCCUAUUGAUUGGGGUGAACAUAUUGAUGUAAGUGGUUUCUUUAUGUUAGACUUAGCAACAAACUUUACUCCUUCAAAUGAUCUUAUACAAUUUCUUAAAGAAGGUUCACGACCUAUUUAUGUUGGUUUUGGAAGUAUAACUGGUGAUGAUCCAGUACGCUUGACAAAUACUAUUCUUGAAGCCAUAAAACUUGUUAAGUGUCGUGCAAUCAUUUCUGAAGGAUGGGGUGGAAUAGGCAAAGCAACAACAUUGCCCGAUAAUAUAUAUCUUAUUGGUAAUUGUCCACAUGAUUGGCUAUUUGAACAUGUUGAUAUUGUUUGUCACCAUGGUGGUGCCGGCACAACAGCUACGGGUUUAAAACUUGGUAAACCAACUGUUAUUGUUCCUUUCUUUGGUGAUCAGUUCUUUUGGGGUGAUAUGAUUUAUAAGAUAGGAGCUGGUCCAUCUCCUCUACCUGGAAAAACGUUGAAGGCUGAUCAGUUAGCUGAUGCGUUUCGUUUUGCUAUGAGAUCUGAAACUCGUGCUGCUGCACAAAGAUUAGCUGCGGCAAUGAAGGAAGAGAAUGGUGUGGCUACAGCUGUACAAGCAUUUCAUGCACAUCUUCCAUUAGACAAAAUGAUAAGUGAUUUAGAAUCAACAUUUCCAGCUUGUUUUUCUCUUCCAAAAUAUGAUUUAAAGAUAUCAUUACCUGUAGCCCAAGUAUUACUUGCAUCAGGAUCAAUUGAUGAAUCAGAAUUAAAAGUACAUCCCGUAAAAGUAUGGGAUAUUCGUGAUGAGCACGAACGUGUACCAUGGCAUAGAUUGACAAGAAGUGGCAGAAAAGCGUUUUCAAGGUUAUAUGCUGAAACGACGGAUGGAACAAAACAAGCUCAAUCUGGAUAUUCAAAAGAGAUUUGUGCUGAAAUAUUGUCAAAGUUUGAACAGAACAGAAGAGUGAUAAAGUCCUAG